CCUCUGCUUGCUGUCAUUUUCUUUCAGCCUUUCUCAGGCUGUGUGUUGCACAUUGCAUGGAAACGGGAAAAGCCAUAGAGAGGGGGAAAAGGAAGAGCGGUCAGCAGGGUGGAGGGCAGAAAUCGGAAUACUGUGGAAUUCUGCUGAUUCCUCACACCGAGCUGCUAUGGAGACUUCCAGGUUGAUCCGCUCACUAGCACUGACAGCUAACGACUGCUGUUGACUUCGGAAGGCCUCAGUCAUGGCGAAGCGCGAGUCCGGCAGCACCAGUCCUGUGGUGCGUCAGAUAGACAAGCAGUUUCUGGUCUGCAGCAUCUGUCUGGAUCACUACUGCAACCCCAAGGUCCUGCCCUGCCUGCACACCUUCUGUGAAAGUUGUCUCCAGACCUACAUCCCUCCAGAGUCUCUGACACUCUCAUGUCCUGUGUGUCGGCAAACCUCCAUCCUGCCGGAGAAAGGAGUCUGUGCUCUGCAGAACAACUUCUUCAUCACUAAUCUGAUGGAGGUCCUUCAGCGAGACCCGGAGUGCUCACGGCCUGAGGCCUGCAGCGUGUUGGAGUCUGUGAGUGCUGCAGCUGCAGGGAAACCACUAUGCUGCCCCAACCAUGAGGGACAGGUGAUGGAAUUCUAUUGCGAGUCCUGUGAGACUGCCAUGUGUCUGGACUGCACGGAGGGUGAGCAUCGGGAGCACGUGACUGUUCCUCUGCGGGACGUGGUGGAGCAACAGAAGACUGCUCUAAAAAUGCAGCUGGAUGCAAUACGCAACAGGCUCCCCCAGCUAACAGCAGCCAUCGAGUUGGUGAGCGAGAUUGGUCGACAACUGAAUGAAAGGAAAAACGAGGCAGUUGCUGAAAUAACAAAUACCUUUCAGGAACUAGAGAAGGCGUUGCACCAGAGAAAGACAGCCCUCAUUACUGACCUGGAGAACAUCUGUAGCACCAAGCAAAAGGUCCUACAAGCCCAGCUGUCCUCUCUCCUCCAGGGGACGGAACACAUCCAGAGUAGCUGCAGCUUCACUGAGCAGGCGCUCAGCCACGGCAGCGCCACAGAGGUGCUGCUGGUUCAGAAGCAGAUGAGCGAGCGAGUAGUGGCGCUGGCCAGACAUGACUUCCCAGAGAAACCACAUCAGAACGCACACUUAGACUGUCAGGUGGAAACUGAAGGUUUGCGACGCUCCAUCCAGAAUCUGGGAGUUCUCUUCACCACAGCUGCUGUGGCUCACACAUCCGUUGCCACAGGAGAAGGGCUCCGCCACGCAGCAACCGGACAGCAACAAACCAUCACUGUAACAACAAAAGAUAAGGACGGGGAGUUGGUGCGGAUGGGAAAUGCGAUUUUAAAAGCCGAGAUAACGUCUGCUGACGGGAGCCGAGUUGCAGAGACGGAGAUAAUGGACAAUAAGAAUGGGACAUAUGAGGUGGGCUACGUGUUACGUUUUGAGGGAGAGUACUCUUUUGCCCUGUCGCUUUACGGACAGCCGAUUCGUGGCAGCCCGUUCCGCUUGAGGGCAAUAAAGCCUUCAGAUGUACCACAAUCUCCGGACGAUGUUAAGAGGAGGGUGAAGUCUCCCAGUGGAACUGGAGGACACAUUCGUCAGAAGGCAGUGAGACGGCCAUCCAGCAUGUAUAGUACCACUAAGAAAAAGGAGAACCCCAUCGAGGACGAGCUCAUCUAUAGAGUAGGUUCCAGAGGCAGAGAAAAGGGAGAGUUCACCAAUUUGCAGGGAAUCUCAGCCUCGGGUAACGGCAGAGUGGUCGUCGCCGACAGCAACAACCAGUGCAUACAGGUGUUUUCUAAUGAUGGCCAGUUCAAGAUGCGCUUUGGGGUCAGAGGUCGAUCUCCAGGGCAGCUGCAGAGACCAACAGGUGUGACUGUAGACAUGAAUGGUGACAUUGUGGUGGCUGACUAUGACAACCGAUGGGUCAGCAUCUUCUCCUCUGAUGGAAAAUUUAAGAAUAAGAUCGGUGCCGGUCGGCUGAUGGGGCCUAAAGGUGUGGCCGUGGACAACAAUGGACACAUCAUCACUGUGGACAACAAGGCCUGCUGCGUCUUUAUCUUCCAGUCCAACGGGAAGCUUGUAACAAAGUUUGGAGGCAGGGGGACGUCUGACAGACAGUUUGCAGAAAAGCUCAGCCCAAACUUUAAUAAAUCUGGCUCAGUGUUCAGUCCCCACUUCGUUGCAGUGAACAACAAGAAUGAAAUUAUUGUGACAGAUUUUCACAAUCACUCUGUGAAGGUGUACAGUGCUGAUGGAGAGUUCAUGUUCAAAUUUGGCUCUCACGGUGAAGGCAACGGCCAGUUUAAUGCUCCCACCGGAGUAGCUGUAGACGCCAAUGGAAACAUCAUUGUAGCUGACUGGGGUAACAGCAGAAUACAAGUGUUUGACAGCACAGGAUCAUUUUUGUCCUACAUCAACACCUCAGCAGACCCCUUAUAUGGUCCCCAAGGCCUGGCACUAACCUCAGAGGGACACGUGGCUGUGGCUGACUCUGGGAACCACUGUUUCAAGGUUUACCGUUACUUGCAGUAGGCAGAGAGACGGUGGUGCCAACGUUGCACCUAACUGGAUGUUCUCAUAAUACUUUAGUUGCUUGAGCCUGCUUGCUUUCUAGUGGCCCUGGACUCCACCACUUCAUUUUUAUUGUAGCACUUUAGAAUUUUUUUUUUUUUUUUUUUUUUUUUUUUUGCAAAUUUAGCAAGUACAUACAAAAUAUAGAAGUAUGUCUGCAAGCCACACCAAAAAAGCAAAAGCUGUUCAUUCCAAAAGUAAAGAAUUAGAAAUAAAGAAGUAGACACAGAAAAUAAAUGCAGACAUAGAAAAUGAAAAGCUAAUUGGAAAGACACUUAUCCACCUGGUAAGAAUGGACUCAAUCAGGUGAGUAGUUUACUGAAGUGUAAUGUAUAAUUUCACUCAAAACUCAGGAAUAAAACCCAGUAAAAUAAUGGUGUAUACACUUCCCAAUCUGAUCUUUUGUAGUCGGCCUAUAUUAUACUAUUUAUUACUAACAAGCAAUCCUCUGUGGGAACAGAUAACAUGGAAAGUUAGUUAUGGGAUAGGAAAAAAAGGAUAUUUAUAUCUUAGUAGAAAUGCAGGAUGGGCAACAUUCCCACCAGAAACCGAAUAAAUGAAUGACCACACUUGUUUCCAUGCAAGAUUGUCACAAUAGUUUAAUACCUACAGUAUCUUACAGUACUCUAGCAUUCUGAACACUGUUGCUCAAAAAUCACAACAAAACAAAAAACAAUGUUAGAAGUAGCUUCACUGUUUAUUUUCAAAACCUAUCAAUAUCAACUAAGACUUCAACAAUAAAGUUCAACAUUUCAGAGACAAUUCAACCAUACAGUUCUAAAAGUAAAAAUGUAAUAAGGAAGAAUUGUACUGUUACAUGAAUAAAGUCGUAAGACGUACAAGGGGAAACUGUCAUACCUAGGUGAGAAUGAAAUUAUGUUUUUAUAAAAAGUCACUGUGAAGAUGAAGUAAUUUCAGAAUAAAAGCUUGUAAUUUGUUUAACAUUGUUAUUUACAGUUGUUUCUAAUUGCUUUGUGUGGUGCUUGAAAUGUAUUGCUGUUGCAUAUAGUUACUCUGACUUCCUCCAAUUGUUCACAAAAUUACUUUCUCAUAAACACAAUUCCUCAUCAAAUAACUUUGGCUGUUCAAAAUGAACAAAAAUUUUCCAAUCAUUUUAAAACAGUAUAACGUUUUUUUCUUGUACAACUGCAUUCUUAAAAUUUUCAAAAAUUUCUUGAUUGGCUGAGUCAUUUUUUCAGUUAAACAAUCAAAUAUAUUGACUGUUACAGCUUCUGAAGUCAGGACUUGUGCUUUCCUUGUUUUAUAUCACUGCUACACUACAUGAGUUUGAGUUUCAAACUUGCAAUUUUUUUGUUGCCACCCUUGGCUAUGGGAAACUGGAAAUUCUACAUUAUUUUCUGAUAUAAAUGUAUUGAUCAAAUAACUGUUUGUUGAAAUAAUCUACAAAUGAAUCAGUCAGACGUACGGAAACUUAGCCUGGCAUAGCCAGACUAAUUCCUGUCUGGCUAUGGGAGAGUACAGCUCUUGCAUAAUAAUCCACUACAUACUGCAAAAAUCACCACAUGUUGUAUUUUUUCCUUUUAUCAAUUUUCUUCAAAAUGACCUGAUGUACAGAAUCUGUUGGUUUUUCUCUUUGUUUUAGGAAUGUCCACACAAGAAUGUGAAAAAGCAUUAAACCUAAGAAAACUCAUAAUCUUAAUUUGAAAACUCAACAUUUUCACCAUUGAAGGUAUCAGAUUGGGUAAAAUCCAUUUUUAUCAUUCUUUCAAGGUUACAUAUAUCUCGGGUUUCACAUUAAACAUCCCACAACUCCCAGAGUUUUGUGCCUAUACUUAAAGAAAUGAUCCUGCUAUAAGCAAAAUUUGAGGCUGAAAUAAGUUAUUUUAUACUUAUUUAACAUCAGCGUCUCUUUCCCUGUUAGGCACUAAAAUAGGUUGUUUCUUUGGUUUUGUUGUUGUUUUUAAUGCUGAGAGCCCUAAGGGUAUCUUCUUGAUUUUACUGUACCUUAACAAAUUCCCCUUUUCAGGUACUUCCUUUUCAUAUAACGCCUAUGUGUUGCAUAUCAUAAUGUUCCGAACAAUCUCAGCUUUCUGAAUGUGAGACAUGUAUUUGUCUGGAACACUGUGUAAAGACAUGAUCUAUGAAUAGAUAACGAAAAACUGACCAAGCCGCAGGAGAACGUCAUUAGGGCUCUGAGGGUUAAAGGCUUCAUAACCUCAAGGUAUGUGGGCUAUUUUUUUCACUCCAAACUUUAAUAUCAUUUCAGGCACCUCGCAGCCUACAUAAGUAGAUGAAAAGGUGUCUAAAAUGACCUCUUUAAGUCCUUACAUGGUCCCUCUAACUCUGUUAACCAAAACAUCCAUAAUGACUUGCACUUUUGUGUAUUCAUAUCAUCAACCUACUGCAGCUGUAUGUGCACAUUUAAUGUAUAUAUAUCAGUUUUGUGUUCAUGUUAUUUCAUAUUAUAUCUCAGCUCUUAAACAAAAUUAAGCAUUUUAACACUGGAACAUGUACUAAAACAGUAGGAUGUCUUGCCACAUAGUUGCCAAAUGAAUGACAAACAUUGGUAGAAGAAAGUUGUAUACAUAUUCUUUGCUGUGUUUUAUUUUCUGAAAAGACUUAAUUUAUUUUUAAGUUUUCUUUUCUACAUAAUUCCUCAACAAAUUAUUUUUCUAAUUAAAACAUUUGAGUUUUCUCUUCUGCCAAAUGUUGCUGUACAUAUAUGAAGCCUUUUAGCUAGUAGCACUCUAUUGCCUCUUCCCAACAAGCUCAUGAGAAGUGAAACAGUGACUUUCCCUUCUGCCAAAUGUAUUGUUGUAAGCUGUUGCUGAACGUUGCACAAAAUACAACUUAUUAUAAGAGUAUUAUAGUUUGGAAGAGUAAUAUAUGCCUCUGUAUAGCAUCAUCUGACACAAUCAGAAGGUGUACUGUAUAUUACAAUCAUAUUGGUGUCGCUAAUGAGCACUUUUAUCAUCUUUUUCCAGAAUUUGUAUAGGUUUGCUAGUUCAAUGUUUUGAAGGUUUUCUGCAU